UCGAGUUUCAGAACUUUAAGUACUCAAAGUCGAUUAUUCGAUUAAUCGGAAGUCGACUUACGUGUCCCUAACACGUCAACGUCGACGAUAAUUCCUGAAAGUACAUUAAACCAGACGUCAUUUCGCAAUUCUUGGAUAUUUUUACUGCAAUAUUAAUUUAAUCGAAAUAAGUCAUAACCGUUAUGACAAAGUUUUUAACAACAGCACUCCUUGUGAGUUGCAUUUUGUGUCUGACAUUUGCAUUGCCCGUCACCAAAACAAAAAAAGAUGAAGAGGAAAAGCCAGCACAGCCUGCCACACCUGAUGUGGAAACAGCAUUAGAAUACGAACGUUAUUUAAAGGAAGUGGUAGAAGCUUUGGAAAGCGAUCCAGAGUUCCGCAAGAAAUUAGACAAGGCACCAGAAGCCGAUAUUCGGAGUGGUAAAAUUGCCCAAGAGUUGGACUAUGUUAAUCAUCAUGUACGCACAAAAUUAGAUGAAAUCAAACGUCGAGAACUCGAACGCCUUCGCAGCUUAGCUACCAAAGAAUUCGAAUUAAGUAAUGACAUUGACCGAGAUCAUCUAAAAAUUUCUCAACAUUUAGACCAUGGAAACGAGCACACAUUCGAAAUUGAAGAUUUGCGAAAAUUAAUUAAAAAAACUUCUGAAGAUUUGGCUGAAGCUGAUCGAAAACGUCGCCAAGAAUUCAAGGAGUACGAAAUGCAAAAAGAAUUCGAAAAGGAAAUGAUUAAAAAGGAACUGCCUGAAGAGCAACGUAAGAAGUUUGAAGAGGAACAGAAACAAUUGGAAGAAAAGCAUAAGAAGCAUGAAAAGGUUCAUCACCCUGGAAAUAAGGCGCAACUGGAAGAGGUCUGGGAAGAGCAAGAUCAUAUGGAUAAGCAAGAUUUCGAUCCUCACACAUUUUUCAUGAUUCAUGAUGUCGAUGGUAAUGGUUUUUGGGAUGAAACGGAAGUAAAGGCGCUCUUUGUUAAAGAACUUGAUAAAGUUUACAAAUCAGGUUUGCCAGAAGAUGAUAUGAGGGAGCGCGCAGAAGAAAUGGAACGCAUGAGGGAACAUGUCUUCCAAGAAACGGAUACCAAUCGCGAUGGUUUAAUUAGCUUCCAAGAAUUUUUGGAACAAACUAAACGUGAUGAGUUCAAUCGCGACCCCGAAUGGCAAACCUUAGAUGAACAGCCUCAAUACACUCACGAAGAAUAUUUGGAAUUUGAACGAAGACGAAAAGAAGAAGUUGAUCGUAUGAUUGCUCAAGGCUUGCUGCCUCCACACCCAAAUAUGCCUCAGGGCUAUUAUCCAGAUCCUAAUCAUGCCUAUCAAGCCGGUGCAUAUCAACAACAACAGCAACAGCCCCAAAUGCAUUAUCAAAACCCACAACAACAGCACAUUCAACAGCAGCAACAAUACCAACAACAGCAGCAACAAUACCAUCAACAGUAUCAGCAGCAGCAAUAUCAACAACAGCAAUACCAACAGGCACAAUACCAAGGACAACAAGUAAACUUAAAUCCAAAUCAAAUAUAUCAGCAUGUGCCGGUAGCUCAACCACAACACCAACCCAAUAACGUGGCUCCACCUCAGCCUCAGCAAGCACAACAAGCAGCUGGUAGCAACAAUAUACCAGUACAGGCACAACAACCAAUUGUUAAUAAUGUUGUCCCUCAACAACAGAUGCAAAAUAAUUUACCACCACAGCAACAAACAAUUGUCAAUAAACAACAGCCUGUCGUUCAACAGCAACAACAGCCUGUCGUUCAACAGCAACAACAACCUGUCGUUCAACAGCAACAACAGCCUGUCGUUCAACAGCAACAACAGCCUGCCGCUCAACAGCAACAACAACCUGUUGUUCAACACCAACAACAACCUGUAGUUCAACAGCAACAACAACGUCAACCAACACAAUAAAUCUAAUAGAACCCGAUCAAUUUUAAUAAUUUUUAGGGUUCUAAAACCGUACGUUCAAUUGUAAUCAAAUUCUAGUUCUCCAUUAUCGUUUAAACUUCCACCAAACGAAUUAUCAAUUAUUAUUGAACUUUCCAUUUGUUGUUGUGUCUAUUUGUGAUUCUUCUUUUUAUAAAAAAUAAGUAAAUUUUCUUUACAUACAAAAUCUUUUACCGUGAAAAUUUAUAAAUCACAACAAAGUUAAUGUAUGUUAUCCAUAGUCUAAUUUCCUGUGAUUGGUCACUUAUCAGGGUUAACCCUGAUUAUGCAAACAUACUUUUAUACAAGAUUCUUAAACACAUCUUAUACAUUUUAUAUUUGUGCAUUUCCUCAACACAUUCUAUUUUGUAUAUUUUACUUGUAUAAUUUUUGUAAAUUUGUUGGUUUUUUUGUAACAAUAUACAUAAUAAUUAAUUUCCACAUACAUUCAUAUAUAUUAUAUACUGAAAAGUUGUAUAAUAAAAUAGUAAAACGCAUCAGCAAA